UAUAAGAGAGCACAACAUGAACCAUAUUGCUUCAUCACCUUCACCCCCCAAAAGCAUAUAAAGAAAAUUAAAUCUCUUCAAAUAGAGGGGCAAAAUGUUGACCAAAAAUAGUCAUUUUAUAUUGUCAAUUUUGACAAUAUUUUUUGUUUUGCCCCUAAGUUUAUUAUCCAAAAAUGUGAAUGGUCAAAUUCCAUUAAGAAGACAUUUAUUAAGUCAUGAAUCAGAACAUUAUGCAGUAAUAUUUGAUGCUGGAAGUACUGGAAGUAGAGUUCAUGUUUUUCGAUUUGAUCAAAAAUUAGGACUUCUUCCUAUUGGCAACAAUAUUGAGUAUUUUAUGGCGACCGAACCAGGGUUAAGUUCAUAUGCAGAAGAUCCAAAGACUGCAGCCAAUUCACUAGAGCCACUUUUAGAUGGAGCUAAAGGAGUUGUUCCUCAAGAAUUGCAAUCUCAAACACCUUUAGAACUUGGGGCAACAGCAGGUCUUAGGAUGUUAAAAGGGGAUGCAGCUGAAAAAAUUCUACAAGCAGUGAGAAAUUUAGUGAAGAAUCAAAGCACUUUCCAUAGCAAAGAUCAAUGGGUGACUAUUCUUGAUGGAACUCAAGAAGGCUCUUAUAUGUGGGCUGCAAUAAAUUAUUUAUUGGGAAAUUUGGGCAAAGAUUAUAAAAGUACAACAGCAACAAUUGAUCUUGGUGGUGGUUCAGUCCAAAUGGCAUAUGCUAUAUCAAAUGAACAAUUUGCAAAUGCUCCUAAAAAUGAGGAUGGAGAACCUUAUGUUCAACAAAAACAUCUUAUGUCAAAAGAUUAUAACCUCUAUGUACAUAGUUAUUUGAACUAUGGACAAUUAGCAGGUCGAGCUGAGAUUUUCAAGGCUUCAAGAAAUGAAAGUAAUCCUUGUGCUUUGGAAGGAUAUGAUGGUUAUUAUUCAUAUGGAGGAGUGGAUUACAAAGUAAAAGCACCAAAAAAAGGUAGUAGCUUGAAGAAAUGUAGGAACUUAACUAGACAAGCACUUAGAAUUAAAGCUCAAUGCAAAAACAAGAAUUGCACCUUCAAUGGAGUGUGGAAUGGUGGUGGUGGUGAUGGACAAAAAAAUAUUCAUGCUUCAUCAUUUUUUUAUGAUAUUGGUGCUCAGGUUGGCAUUGUUGACACCAAAUUUCCAUCUGCCCUAGCAAAGCCAAUUCAAUACUUAAAUGCAGCUAAAGUUGCUUGCCAAACAAAUGUAGCAGACAUAAAAUCUGUAUUCCCAAAAACUCAAGAUAGAAAUAUCCCAUACUUGUGUAUGGAUUUGAUAUAUGAGUACACUUUGCUUGUUGAUGGAUUCGGACUAAAUCCACACAAAGAAAUAACAGUGAUACAUGAUGUGCAAUACAAAAAUUAUCUAGUUGGAGCAGCAUGGCCAUUGGGAUGUGCUAUUGACUUAGUUUCUUCAACUUCAAACAAGAUUAGAGUUGCAUCAUCUUAAUGUGUUGUUAUGUCAAUCAAUUGUAUCAAUAAUGACUCAUGCCCUUUGCUUUGUUGUUUUUUUCUUAUAUUGUCUUUAAUUAAUGGGAAUUACAUCCAAAUUGUGAACAAUUUGUCUCUUAAUUAGAGCAUAUGAUAGUCAAGUUGUCACGAUUUGAAUCGUAAUAUUAUGAGUUUAAAGUUUUAGCAACUUCA